CUCUUUGCCCGCCGUCACUUGUUCGCUCGCCUUGUUGAAUCUACCCGACACUAGUUGAGACCUUCUUCUCUGACGCCGACCAGCUGGCAGAUUGGGUUGCAGCACCUGCCCCUCCUCUCCCGCUCCCCCAACGAGCCCUCCUCUCAUCCUCCUGAACUGCCCCGAAUCUGUCUUGUCCUGCCUGCCUUGAACGAUCGAAGCUCUCCUCCGCCCUGCUCCUUGCCACUGGCAAGUGAAGUGGCCUUGCGUUUAGGCCUCCUAUCCCUCCCUACCCACCUCGCAGCCUGCUCCGCGCCCUCCACAAUCCACAAUCCACAAUCCACCUGGCCUCGUCUCCUUUCCCUUCCUGUCCGUCCCCGUGAUAUUCCCAACUCCACCUUUUCCAUCCUAGGACCGCCCACGACCAAUGAGAUCGUCGUAACGACACCCCGAUAGCGUCUCACACUCCUCCCCCUCCCCCUCCAAGCCGUCUUCAUGGCGCGACGUUACCACAUCGAUGAGUUGCUAUGGCUGCGCUCGUCGCCGCUGGUCACCAAGCCUACCGCGUUACCGUCGGUAGAAGAAUGGAUGGGACCAAUCCCCGACCCAACAACCCAACGCAAAACAACAAACCCUCGAGACCCCAACAACCCGGCCGAGACCACCCCCAGAAGGCCCAGCCUCUUCGAAGCCCGUCAUAUAGCCCGCGGUUCCACUUCAGAGGAUAUCAUUCUUGGACCCCCUAAGACCGCUUUUGCCUCCGCAUCUCGGAUACCCGGCAAAGGAUCGAUAGAUGCUACCGAUCGAUCGUCCAAGCCAGCUGAUACCGAGGACGCGAAGAACGACCGGUUCAAUCUCCGCGAGAAGUUCUUCAAGGAACGGGAAUCGGGCGAAAGAGACUUUGACCGACGGGACGGAAAGCUAGGAGCGUUUACCAACAAUACUAACAACAACAACCGCCGUGGGGAAAGAGAAGACUGGAACAAUGGACGUCCCCGCCGUACCUUCGGCCAGGAGGAGCAAGAACGAAAGCCAAGACGCAAUGGGGAGUUCGACCGGUGGGAGAACCGCGAUCAACGCGAACCCAACAACAGCGAACGCGCAGUCAAAGAGAAGGAGACGCGGGUUUUCCUUCGCAAGGAUGGCACGCCCCAACGAGCCCGACACGAAGGGAGCUGGUUUCGGGAUGACAAUGCCCAUGAUGCGCCCGAGCCGGAAGAAGAGAAGACCCCGAUACGGAACCGCGAAUGGCGCCGAGAUCGGCACGGUGCAGACCGUGACUGGACUCGGGGCGCCAAAAUUGAACAGGAGCCCGAGUGGCUGGACGCGAAUGAUAAAGAUGAGCCCCGGCGGGUGCACACGCAGGAAGACUUUGAGCGCUGGAAGGAGAGGAUGAAGGCCGGCUCCUCCCAACCCCCCGCAGAGGAGAGGGAGCCCCCGGUCGAACCUGUUGCUGCCCCGGCGCAAAAGGCGGAGCCCAGACCUACCGAUGGCGAGAUUUUCAGCAGCACGGGCACCCCGUUCACGUCGGAUGUCGCCAUGGAGCGCUUCUUCGGAUUGCUGGGUGACUCCAAGGCGCCGCCCCCGCCACCCCAGGAGGUGGCCUCCCCCGUGGUGGAACCGACUGUCAAGAAGGAGCCGCUUCCCGGAGCCAUUCCAGGGGGCAUUCCAGGGGGCAUCCCAGGAGCCAUCCCAGGAGCCAUCCCAGGAGCCAUCCCAGGAGGCCUUCCAGGCAAGCUGGGGAAGUCGUCGCGGUUCGCUGGGCUGUUCUCCCCACCCCCAGGCAGUCCAGCCAGGGACUCGGACUCUCUACCUGAGACUAGAUCCUCGCCGGCUCUGAACCCAGCUAUGACCACCGAGGUCAGUGCUGACCAAGAAGGAUUCCAGCGCAUCCUGCAGAUGCUUGGCGGUGGAGGAAGGUCCCGCAACGGUACGCCUCAUAAUGAUCCCAUGCCCACCAACCGGCCCCCUUCCCUGGUGCAGGCAGAACAGAAUCGGAGUGCCGUUUCGUCCCCUGCCCGGGAGCAGAUGAAGCGACAGGAGUACUUCCCCAUGCAGGAGACACCUGUCCGGAAUGCUGGCCCAGUAUUCAAAGAGCACCCAUACCUUCACGAGGCUCAGGCUCAGGCUCGGGAGCGGGAACAUCUCCUUCGACUGAUGCAGCAGGUUCAAGUGACGCCCGUCGCCAACCAGGGCCCGGGCGGUCUCGGCCAGCCCCCGAGCGCUGGCCCCGGCGGUCCUGCCCCUGGCCUGCUGAACAUGCCCGAAAUGAUGUCCCCCCCUCCCGGCAUCGGAGGUGCUCCCAAGGGCCCCAGCUUCUUGAAUGAUCCCGCCAUCGCCAACAUGCAGAGACCCGACGUUGAACAUCUUCGGCAAAGGCCCGCCAAUGGGCCGCCAAUGGCAUACUUUGAAGAUAUGCCGUUCCCCCAAGGCGGCCAGCUCCCGAUGACGCCUGGCGGCAGCCGGGCGCCCCAGGGACAGCCGCAUCCGGCCAUGGGCAUGCAGAGACCGCCGGGCUUCGAGCACAUGCCUCCCCCGGGAUGGACCGGCCCCCAGAUUCCGCCGCAGCAGCAGGGAGGCGGGCCGGCGCCUUUGGCCCCCCCGCCGGGGAUUCCGACUCCUUCGCGCGGGGUCAACCCCAGCUACAUGGCCAACAUGAUGCCGAUGCAUGCCAAUGCCCCGCCUCUGAAUGAGCGGGAGCCCUUCCCACGCGGCCCCCCGCCCGGCAUGAUGCCCCCGCCGCCCGGGUACAUGAACGGGCCCCCCCCGCCGGCUUCCCCCCCAUGCCACCCAACGAAGUGCUGA